AUCCAGAAAUCCUCAAAACAAACCCAAUAUCACUUUCCUAAGUUUCCUGACAUAAGUCUACUAUAUAAAACACCAUCAAAAUGCAACCCCUCCAGCCUCUCCUCCUCACAACCCUCGCCUUCCUCCCCCUCAUCCUCGGCGCUCCCAUCGAUAAACGACAAUCAAGCACCGCAGGCGGCACAACAGGCGCAGGCACCAUCCUGCCCGAUCCUCCUAAUGGCGUAGAGUGCACUGGCGACAGCGACGGUGUGACGCUUGGUGAUAUCGUAGGGAGCUUGCUGGGUUGUGGUGGUGUUGGGGGGUUGACUGGGGGGAAGUAGGG